UGUUUCCAAGGGACCAGAGCCUAUGCUUCUGCCUGAAUCACCGGGAGUUACUGACCAAACGAGGACUUUGUUCCCCUCUCCUGGGCCUGACGGGGGACAUUUCUCUCUUGGAUCCGUCCUCACCCAGCGAACAAGGCCAUUAGCGCCGCAGUGCGGGACAGAAACCUCCCCACUCUUCAGGGCUCCCGUCUGCCGGCCCUGCCUGGCCCUCCUCACCCUCAGCGUCUGCCCGAGAGAACAGAAGGAUGGAGCCCGGCAGGACUCAGAUAAGACUUGACCCCAGGUACACAGCAGACCUUCUGGAGCUCCUGCAGACCAAUUACAGCAUCUCCUCUGCCUGCUUCUCUUACCCUCCGACUGCAGCCCAGCUCCUGAGAGAACUGGGUGCAUUGGAAAUCACCCUCACCAUCAUCUUGACCUUUCUUACCAUGGGCUCAGUUGCCAUCUUUGUCGAAGACGCUAUUUAUCUGUACAAGAACACCCUUUGCCCCAUCAAGAAGAGGACCCUGAUCUGGAGCAGCUCUGCACCUACGGUGGUGUCUGUGCUCUGCUGCUUUGGCCUCUGGAUCCCUCGAGCCCUCACACUCGUGGAGAUGGCCAUAACGUCGUUUUACGCCAUAGUCUUUUACCUGCUGAUGCUGGUCAUGGUGGAAGGCUUCGGCGGGAAGGAUGCAGUUCUGAGGACACUGAAGGACACCCCGAUGAGGGUGCACACGGGUCCCUGCUGCUGCUGCUGCCCCUGCUGCCCACCCCUCAUACUUACCAGGAAGAAGCUUCAGCUGCUGAUGUUGGGCGCUUUCCAGUAUGCCUUCUUCAAGAUAAUGCUGAACAUAGUGGGGCUCUUCCUCAUCCCUGACGGCAUCUUCGACCCAUCAGACAUUUCCGAGAAGAGCACGGCUCUGUGGAUCAACACUUUCCUCGGCGUGUCCACACUGUUCGCUCUCUGGUCGCUGGCCAUCCUGUUCCGUCAAGCCAAGAUGCACCUGGGUGAACAGAAUAUGGGAUCCAAGUUCGCUCUGUUCCAGGUUCUUGUCAUCCUGACUGCCCUACAGCCUUCCAUUUUCUCCAUCUUGGCGAAUGGCGGGCAGAUUGCUUGCUCACCUCCCUUCUCUUCUAAAAUCAGGUCCCAAGUGAUGAACUGCCACAUGCUCAUAGUGGAGACCUUCCUGAUGACGGUGCUGACGCGGAUGUACUAUCGAAGGAAAGAUAACAAGGUUGGGUACGAGACUUGCUCGGCACCAGACCUGGACUUGAGACUCAAAGCCUGAGGCGAGUGGCCUGGACUAAGGAAAACACUGUCCUUCUUGGAAGAGCAUGAGAUUUCUCCUGUCCCUCGACCUUAACCAGCGGUUAAGGCUCCCACUGGCAGCGCAGGCCGGCAGCUUCCAUAUUGACUAUAGGGAUGGAGGUCAAGUGCAGUAUGCGGAACUCCUCUGGGUUUUGCUCGGGGAAGGCGUUUGAAGUUUUGGAAGGAACAGGGUGAAGGCUGAGACUCUGCACGAGGCACACUCCUUCUGUGGGUGCCACUCUUGGUCACCCUGAGCUUCUGCACAGCAGAAUAAAGGGGAGAAGAGUUCA